AAGCUUAGCUUUUCUUGUUGUACUAAUUGUUCAUCUGUUUCUUUACUUUUGGGCGCUAUCAUCUUUGUUUGGAUGAGAAUGUUCUGUUUAUGCUUGGACCAAUGUUGUGGUUUUGGUUGUGCCAUUUGUUCCAUAAUAAAUAUUGUUAAACUGGCUGUUGACUUAGUUGAUAGAAUCCCUUUUGCCUGAUUUACACAAUCAAACGAAAGGUAUGCAAAAACUUGACUUAACAAGAUUUAAUUCUGUUCCUCUACUGGAAGCGUGUAUUUAAACUGGAGCAAUUUUCUAUUCUUUAUGCUAAUGAAGUGCUUCUGUCAUUAGAAUUACCUUUAUUACUUGGUUCAUCUUAAUUGUAAAUCUCAGCAAGCUUUUAUUGUCUCCUAAUGAAACGUCUUGAACAUUCUGAUGCUUCUUGAUUUUCUCAAAUUGUGUAUUGGCUUUGUUUAAAGAAUUCCUCUUGCCUUGUGUAGACGGUAGAAAGAAAAGUAUGCAGAAACUUGAAUUAACAAGAUUUAGCUUUGUUUAUUGACUGGAUGGCUGCAUAGUAUGGCGAUGGAUGCACAAGUUUCAGAGGAUGGACAUGUGAUUGAGAUAGAUGCUGAUAGGCCGGCUGUAGAAAAAGGCAUCGUUGCCAGUAAAGUUUGUGAGGGAGCACCAUGUGGAUUAUCAGAUGCCAAAACGAGUUCAGAACGUUCAGUGUCCAUGAAAAAGCUUUGGAUUGCAGUUGUACUCUGCAUUGUUUUCAUGAGUGUUGAGGUUGUUGGAGGCGUUAAAGCCAACAGCCUUGCAAUUCUGACUGAUGCUGCUCAUCUGCUAUCAGAUGUUGCUGCUUUUGCAAUAUCUUUGUUUUCUAUUUGGGCGUCUGGAUGGGAAGCUAAUCCACGCCAAUCUUAUGGGUUUUUCCGCAUAGAAAUUUUGGGGGCAUUGGUCUCUAUCCAGAUGAUAUGGCUUCUUGCUGGUAUCCUCGUUUAUGAAGCCAUUGCCAGACUCAUCCAUGAUACUGGUGAAGUUCAGGGCUUCCUCAUGUUUUUGGUGUCUGCUUUUGGCUUAGUAGUGAACAUCAUCAUGGCUCUUGUGCUUGGACAUGAUCAUGCACAUCAUGGACAUAGCCACGCUCACAAUCACGGACAUCAUGGACAUGGCCAUGCUCACAGUCACGGACAUCAUGGACAUGAGGGUCAUAGUGAUGACGAUGGGGAGAAGGAAAAUGAGCAUACGCAUACUCAUGGGGUGAGCACAGCUGGGCAUCACCACCAUCAUGAGGGACAUAGUGAGCAUCCUCAUGCACAUGAAUCAGAUCACACUGAGCCUCUCCUUGAAAAGAGUUGCUCGGAGAGUCAACACAAGUCAAACAGUGGACAUAAAAAGAAGCAACGGAACAUCAAUAUCCAGGGGGCUUACCUUCACGUACUAGGUGACUCAAUUCAAAGCAUUGGGGUGAUGAUUGGUGGAGCAAUUAUAUGGUAUAAGCCAGAAUGGAAAAUUGUUGAUCUGAUUUGCACACUUGUUUUUUCUGUAAUCGUGCUGGGAACCACUAUAAAGAUGUUGCGCAAUAUCCUUGAGGUUCUUAUGGAGAGCACGCCUCGAGAAAUUGAUGCUACCAGAAUUGAAAAAGGUCUUUGCGAGAUGGAUGAGGUUGUUGCAAUCCAUGAAUUGCAUAUAUGGGCAAUCACGGUUGGGAAAGUGUCAUUGGCUUGCCAUGUGAAGAUUAAACCUGAUGCUGAUGCUGAUUUGGUGCUGGACAAAGUUGUUGUCUAUAUUAGGAGGGAAUAUAACAUCAGUCAUGUGACAAUCCAAAUUGAAAGAGAGUUCAAUUAAAGGGUAUGAUGUGGUUUAAGCCUUGGUGUUGCAUUUUCCUGGGACAGGCAAACUUCUUUCAAAGAUUGUCAUUUCUUUUCUAGCAACAGAGAGAUGACUUUCUUGCCGAUUUGGCUGCAUUUUUUGUAACUAUUUUACCCUUUUUACCCUUUUUCUUUUCUUUUCCUUGUGUUCUUGGUUUAUGUUGAGAUGUAACUUGGAUAAUGGCCAUCUAGGAAAUGCCAAAUUUGGAGGUCUUGGCCUCUUAGGACUACUUCCUUUCCCUGGAGUGGAUGAGCAAAAGAUGCCCAUCGACAAUGCAAUACAGGGCUACGAGUCUUAGAGAAUUUAGCCUCCACCGUUGCUCUGCAGAUGAAUUGAUGCCAUUCACCUUUGAUUAUCAGUCGUACUUUAUCCUAAGAUUUGCUGUGACUGAUAUCCAGAAAGUGAAGAAGACCAUAUUGAAGCAACAAGAAAUAGGUGGAACUGCAAUGUUUUAACUCUGCCUUAAGGGUUAUCUUGCUUACGUUUGGACGCACAAUUUGGUAUAAUUGGGCAGACCCUGAUUGAUUAUAUCAAAUCUAUUGUCAGCAAUGGGUGAAAUAUAGGCUUAAUGGAGGCAAAAUCGAGCCUUUUUAGCUACAAAUCUGCUCGUGUAGAUAACUGUUUAACAGUGUGUUAGUGUUAUUUUUGUAUCCUACCAGUACUAGAUAACUUUUUACAGUGUUAUGUGUUACUUUUGUAUCCUACCAGUACAAGUAAAGCAUAACUGUUAAUUUGUGCCGGCAA